AUGGGAAGCAUUUCCAAGAGGGAUGAGAUGCCAUUGCAACCAAUUUUGGUUGUAGAAGUAUUUGAUGUAUGGGGCAUUGACUUCAUGGGUCCGUUUCCAAAUUCCAACGGGUUUUUAUACAUUCUGGUAGCGGUGGACUACGUCUCUAAGUGGAUUGAGGCUGUUGCUACAAGAACAAAUGACCACUCGGUUGUUUGUAAAUUUGUUCAAUCCAACAUCUUCUCCCGCUUUGGUAUUCCGAGGGUUAUUAUCAGUGACGGUGGUUCACAUUUCAAGAACUUUAAUUUCGGAAAAUUGUUGAAGCGAUAUAGCGUGAAUCACCGGAUUGCCACACCUUACCAUCCGCAAACGAGUGGACAAAUUGAAGUGUCCAACUGUCAAAUAAAAGAAAUUCUUAUGAAGACGGGUUGUCACUUGCCAAUGGAGUUAGCGCAUCGGGCAUAUUGGGCAAUCAAGACGGUAAAUGCAGAUUAUAAUGAAGCGGGAAAGAUGAGAAAGUUGCAAUUGAGUGAUAUCGAAGAACUUAGAGACGAGGCAUAUGAGUGUGCAUCGGGUUACAAAGACAAGCUCAAGAAAGUACACGAUGCAAAAUUGAGGAAGAAAACCUUUGAAGUGGGUCAAAAGGUUUGGUUGUACAACUCAAGGCUCAAAAUGUUUGCGGGCAAGCUUAAAAGCAAAUGGAUGGGCCCGUAUGUCGUUCAGCGAGUUGGGAGGUUUGGUGAUGUAGAUAUCCAAGAUGAGCAAACGAACAAACAACAAAUGGUGAAUAGCCAUCGGUUGAAGCCAUACUUGGAGGGGAACGACAUAAACAACUUGGAGCUUGACAAAGCGGGCUACAUUCUACGCCCGGUAGACGAUGAUCAACCAUGA